GCCCGUUUUAAAGGAGUUGUCGGCGGGAAUCUCAAUUCACUCGAUUCUGAAAGCCGCAGAAAUUGAGUGUUGUGAGUCCUAUUAUCUCUGCCCGAGAAGCGACGUAGGAGAGAGGAAAAGACCCGCACGUCGCAAGUCACAAAGAACUGCCUUCAAAAGCUACUUCUUACCCUUACGAAUACCUUUCCGAAUUUCUGCUUUUCUUCUUUUUUAAAACGAGAUUAACAAUACCUGUAAUUGUCGCCUACGCCACUUGAAGCUUGGAAUUCGGGGAACGUUCUCAGUCAUCUAGGUGUCUUCAAAACAAAACAAAAACCUUUGGGAGUUGGAGAGCCGAUGGCAGCUUCCCCGAAACAUGUCUUUUCACUCACAGGUAUUUUAUAUCAGCUGGAAAGACUGGAGGCCUCUGAACAGAGAUCAGCCAGGAGACAAGAGCAGCACCGGGAACUGCAGGAUACAGAAAUUGACUUGGAAGGGGACAUCCUUAAGCUGAGAAAACUUCGGGAUGAACUGAAGACUAAAGUAAAGCUACAGGAAGCCAGUGCCAGAAUACCCAUCACUAAUCUAGAGCCCUAUGAACCAUUGAAGAACUGUAAGGAAAAUUUGGAGAUGAAAUUGGAAAAAGCUAAAGCUUUCUUUCAGGCAUUCCAUUUAACAGGGCUCAAUGGCAGACUGACCACGAAAGGGGUUUGUCUGUGCUUCAACACUGCUUUUGAGGGAAAUAUCUUGGAUUCCUAUUAUGUGGAUGUUAUCAUCAAGAAACCACUAGUAAUACAACGCCAUUCAGUUCCAGUCUUCAUCCCCUUGGAACAGAUAGCUGCAAAAUACUUACAGACCAAUUUUCAAAACUUCGUAUAUAGUCUCAGCGAACACCUAAAUGCAUAUUCUGGAAGAAAAUACCAGGCAGAUCAAGUCCAGGAUGGCUUUUCAGCUUUCCUGGCCAGGCCCUUGCAGAGAAAUUCGCUGUGCACUUUGCUGUCAUUCACCUACACCAUGGACCCCAAUGGAGAGUCCUUCCCUUUUUGUGCCAGACUUAUGUACCAUGACCUCACAAUUACUCUUCCCACCAGUGUCACAAUUACGUAUCAAGUGCUCUCCACUCCACUCAUCUCCCUCCCAACACAGUGCUCAGCAGACAUGAUUCUGAUUACUCUUCAAGCCAUCACCUUCCCAUGUAAAAAAAUCGGAUCUUGUUAUUUGCAACCAGAAUUGACACUUUCUUUGACAAGCUGCUCAGACGGCCAGGAAGGACUGAGCUAGAAUGUGCUCCAGCAGCUGUGGAAGUUGACUUAGAAUUCAGAGAAACUUGGGAAGACUUGUAUGAACUGAUGCAGAAUGAAGUAAGCAGAACCAGGAGAACUGACUCAAUGACUACAAUAACUUAAAGGCAAACAGGGAGUUCUAUUGGGAGGAGGGAAAAGGAAUAAACAUUUCUGUAACUCCUAUCGUGUGCCAGCUGCAGUGCUAAAGGUCUCUUAUAAAUACCUCAUUUGAUCCUCACAACAGCUGUGCAAGGUAGGUGUUGUUAUGGAUUUGGAGGAAACAGGCAAAGAGGUGGUUAAGAGAUUUGCCCAGGGUCACUUAGCUAGGAUCUGAAUUCAGGGCUUCCCAACACCAGGCCCAGUGCUCUACCUGCUGUGCUACCAGCUGCCUCUAAUGACCACCGGAGACACAAGGACUGAUGAUAAAGCUUGCCCUCUGCUCUCAGCUGAAAGGUCGUCAAUGCUAGAUGGCAGAUGAGUGAUCCAUUGUUAGGUGUAAGCAUUGAAUUUGUUUUAAUUGUAGCUAUUUCUUACAUGGGAGGGUUAAAUUGCAUUAAGGAAGAGGAGUCAUUGGGAAGGGACAGUGAUGUUUUUAAAAAAUGAUUACAUCAAUAAAACAUUUUAAAAGAAAAAAACUGACUUGAAGGCAAGAGUAGUGAAAUAUAUGCUCUCCAAUGGGGUUCAGUGGGAAAGAAGGCUUGUUUUAAUUUUGAUUCCUCUUCUCCAACUGGCUCCCCUCUUUUAACUCAUCUUAAAAUGGCAGCUUCAUCACUUUUCUUUCUCUCCUUUCAAUAUGAUAAUCCCACUGUGUGUAACUCAGAGCUCCACAAAGGGCCCCACUAAGACAGUUUUGUCCUGUAGUAUUUUAGCCCCUUUACUUAACCUAUGCAAAGAGAAUUAUAUAAAUAUGUUUACACAUUGGAUUUAACAUAUAUUUUAACAUUUAUAACAUGUUGGAUUGCUUGACAUCUAGGGGAGGGAGUGAGGGAAGGAGGGAAAUUUGGAACACAAGGCUAUGCAAGGAUCAAUGUUGAAAAAUUAUCUGUGCAUAUGUUUUGAAAAUAAAAAGCUUAUGGACGUGGCUCUCUUCAACAAUGAGAGGAUCCAAAUCAGUUCCAAUUGAUCUGUAAUGAAGGGAACCAGCUACAUCCAGAGAAAGAACACUGGGAAAUGAGUAUGGACCACAACAUAACAUUUCCACUCUUUCUAUUAUUGUUUGCUUGCAUUUUUGUUUUUCUUCUCAGGUUAUUUUUACCUUCUUUCUAAAUCUGAUCUUUCCUGUGUAACAAGAGAACUAUAUAAAUAUGCAUACAUAUAUUAUAUUUAACAUAUACUUUAAUAUAUUUAACAUGUAUGGGACUACCUGCUAUCUAGGAGAGGGGGUGAGGGGAAGGAGGGGAAAAGUUGGAACAGAAGCUCUUGCAAUGGUCAAUGUUGAAAAAUUACCCAUGCAUACGUUUUGUAAAUAAAAAGCUGUAAUAAAUAAAAUUUUAAAAAAGAAAAUAAAAAGCUUUGUA